AUCUUGACAGGAGGUUGCUGGGCAUUUUCGACAGCUGCAUCGGUUGAGGGUAUAAACCAAAUUAAAACAGGGAAGCUGGUUUCAUUGUCUGAACAAGAGCUUGUUGAUUGUGACACCUCUCAGAAUAGAGGAUGCAAUGGUGGCCUUAUGGAUUGGGCUUUCGCUUUUAUUGAGCAAAAAGGCGGUCUUACAACAGAAGAAAACUACCCUUACAUAGCUACACAAGGAAUAUGCAACAUCUUUAAGGUUUCACUGCAGAACAUAUGUAGAAUUAUUUUCUUAAUGUUAAUAAAAAUGCAGAUGAGUAGUCCAAAAGUAUCAAUUAAUGGGCAUGAGGAUGUACCUGUGAAUAAUGAGGACGCUUUGCUCAAAGUUGUCGCGAACCAACCUGUGUCUGUGGCCAUUGAUGCAGGGAGUCAUGAUAUGCAGUUCUAUUCAGAGGGGGUGUUCAGUGGACAAUGUGGGACAGAAUUGAACCAUGGUGUAGCAGUUGUAGGCUAUGGAACUUCCCUAGACGGUACCGACUACUGGAUUGUAAAGAAUUCCUGGGGAGAACAAUGGGGGGAGAAAGGUUACAUACGGAUGAAGCGCGGUAUCCCUGACAAACAAGGAUUGUGUGGGAUUGCAAUGGAGGCCUCUUAUCCUGUCAAAAACUCUGCCCUUAAUCCAUCAGUUUCUAAGGAUGGAACUUCCAAAUCUAGGAAGAAUAGGUUUUAAACAAGAUUUAGAGAUGUUUGGUUCAUGUCUUUCAUGCAUAAUUAUUCUUUCAAAACAUAAACAUGUAACAUGAAUUAUACAUUCCAAUUGUUGUAAGCAAUUUAUAUACAUGCUGUACUAAAGCAGGUUUUGUAAUAGCUCCUGUUUUUAAAUUUUCAAUUACUUGCAUUUUUAAAGAAUUACUUUUAAAUCAAGUUUUGAUCUUAUAGAUUAAGAUCAACAGUCUUUGUAAUAGUGAGUUUAUACUUUAAAUUAAUAAUUAACUAAUUCCUCUUUUUAUAUUAUUUUUUUUACACGUUUUCUUUUCAUGAUUUUAAACGC